CUUACACAAUAACUACCUGACUAAGACGACCAAAAUCUUUAGUGUCCAUUUCCAUCGGUAACUGACUUAGUAUAGCGCAAGAUGGCGAAAACACGUCGUCGGAAGAAGCGGACCCACGUCGCCACAGACCAGAAUGAAGCUAAGAAACCCGACCCUAAGACAUUCGUCUUCAAGCGCGGCAAGCAAGGGUCCAUCUUGGCGGAUCUGGAGCAGGACGUUCGGCGCAUGAUGUUGCCCAACACCGCAGCGAACCUCAAGGAGUCCCGCCGUAACACGCUGCGCGACUUCGUGUCGGUGUGCGGCCCCCUGGGGGUCACCCACUUCGUCAUGCUGUCUGCCACCGACAACUCCUCCUACAUCAAGCUGGCCAAGACGCCCAGGGGCCCCACCAUGACCCUGCGCAUCAGGGGCUACUCGCUCAUCCGGGACGUGCAGGCAGCGGCCACCCGGCCCCGCGUGCCGGCGAACGCGUUCAAGACCGCCCCGCUGGUGGUGAUGAACGGCUUCAGCGGCAACGACACGUUGCGGCUGGUGACCACCAUGUUCCAGGGCAUGUUCCCGGCGCUCAACGUGCAGCGCACCAAGCUGAGCUCCUGCCAGCGGGUGGUGCUGCUGUCGAGGGACAAGGACACGGGCAUCAUCCGGUUGCGGCACUACGGCAUCUCGGUGGCUCCCUCGGGGCUGCGGAAGAGCGUCAAGGGUCUGCUGUCCCGCCGCGAGGUGCCCGACCUGAGCGGCUUCCGGGACGUGUCGGAGUUCGUGACCAAGAGCGGAUACGGAUCGGAGAGCGAGGGUGAGGACGCGGAGACCAGCCGAGUCACCCUGGCGUCCGACCUGGGUCGCGGCAACGUGGCCAGCCGGCAGAGCCGCGUGCGGCUGCACGAGAUGGGGCCGCGGCUGGAGCUGGAGCUGGUCAAGAUCGAGGAGGGUCUUUGCGAGGGCGCGGUGUUGUUCCACGCGCACGUGUCCAAGAGUGCGGAGGAGGCGGCAGAGCUGGCCAGCCGCAAGGACGAGAAGGAGAAGCUGCGGGCGGAGCGCAGGAAGCAGCAGGAGGCGAACGUGCGUCGCAAGGCUGCCGAGGCGGCUCGCAAGGCGGCUGCGCAUGCGGACGAGCUGCGGCAGCAAGGCAAGCUGCCCAAGGGGGAGAAGAUGUGGUGGGAGAAGGAGCCGACAGCCGGGUCGGAGGAGGAGGAGGAGGAGGAGGAGGAUGGGGAGGGAAGUGAGGAGGAGGAGGCGGCGGCGGGCGGAGAGCAGGAGGGAGGGGAGCAGGCGGAGGAGGGUGAGAAGAAGAAGGGCGGCAAGAAGGGAGGAGAGGAGCGGGCGGCGAAGAAGCGACGGAGGGACGCGGAGGAGGAGGAGGACGAUGAUGUGGCCUACUUCAGGGAGGAGGUGGGUCGCGACCCGGAGGCAGAUGAGAUGGUGGGAGGUCGCAAGGGCUUCCGCGGAGGGAGG